AUGGAAAAAUCUUCCCAAGACCUAGCCAAAGAGGCAAAAGCUGAGAUGAGCUCAAACCAAGGAAAUUUGACAAAUGAUCAAUGGAUAUCAAUGGUGAGAGGCUUGGUAGCUGUACAAUCAUCAUUCAUAGAAAUAGAAAAUAAAAUAGGUGAUAUUGAAGAAAAACUGGGUAAACUGCGUGGAAAUAUUGAUACAAGUGAUGUAAGAUUAGAUGGAUCUUCUCAUACCAAUGACAAAUCAUAUAAAGCUUCUGGAAAAUAA